AUGGAAGCGAACUUGAACAAUUCAUCUUCCGACAAAUCGUACUCUCCGCCUGGUUCCCGAGGCUCUACGCGCGAUACCACUCCCGAUUUCGGCCCUUCGGUAUCUCACGCUUUCUCGAACCUGGGAAUCGAAAGCUUCUCUCGCAGUUCCCACAUGGACGCUUCGACAGGCCGUUACAAAAAGCCUCAGAUGAUGUUCCGUCCUCCCAACUGCCACAUCGAAGAUCCCAAUUCUGCAGCGCCUCGCCGCGUCGAUGCCAUAAGCUGGCGGGGAGACUAUGGGACGGGACCUGGUCAAGGUCGAACUCAGAGGCACUACCAUUCGCUCAGCUCAGCAAGAGGCCCCGACUACCUGAUGAUGGCAUCGCCGGUUCUAGAGCGUCAGAUGGGUAGAGAGGCAGAUGUAAACACAACAGGCUUCUAUGCCUAUUGCUUGGACCGCGGAAACGGCACCUUCACUCGGCUCAUACCUGCUGACUUGCUGCCGCCUUUGAUGGGUAUCCCGGCUGUUCAAGAUGGUACUCAUGGCAUGCUUGCUCUCCCUCCCCCUCAGGGACUGGAUCCUCAAUACCCGGCUGCCAAUUCUGUUCAGCCUGUUGCUUUCAAGACACCUCCACCAUCACCGGCACCAGUAUCUGAUGCUCUUCAGAGAAGAAUCGACCAUAUUGUAGCGUCCACCCCCACACCACCAAAGAAGCCGAAGAUCUACUGCGACAAGUGGGUUCACGAGGGUGUUUGUGCCUUCACGCAGCAAGGCUGCAAGUACAAGCAUGAGAUGCCACUGGACAAGGCAACGCAGAACUCUCUGGGUCUGUUUCAUGGACUGCCAGCAUGGUGGAAGAAGCAGCAGGCUGAGCUUCAGCGGCAGCAGUCACAGGCACUGAUGGAGCAGAACAAUGAUACUGAAGCGUUCUUCGAUGCUCGUCAGCAUCAAACACAACAGCAACAGCAACAGCAACAGCAAAGUGGCCUUGUCUCGCCCAUUAAAGGUGAAAAGGGCCACACUGGACCAGCGAGAGCUGCACAGUCUUGGCGGAGGACCGAGGGUGUCCGACUUGAGCCUCAGUGGCAAAUGAGCUCCAUGCCAUUAUCCACAAGACAGACUGGAGGAUACAUACACUCUUCUGAGCAGCGGCCUGCGUACCACCAGAAUAUUGAUUCUCCAGCCUCAUCCUGUGUCUGGGGACCCAUUGGUCCCCCUUCGAAGCAGACACUUGGCCAGGGCCAGAUAUAUCCUCAAAGCCCGGGCAACUUCAGCGCGUCUAACAACUUUGCGCUGCUGCGCACACUAGAGGAAAGUUUGGGCGAGAGGGACGAUGACGUUUCAUUUGAGUCUUACUAG